GGUUCCUGAAUGGGUCCCUUCCACCGAUUCCCCAAAGCAAGGCUCUGUUUGCAAUUGGCAGCUGGGCGGGGUGAUGGUGAUGGAGUGAACCUGAACUUUCGCCUCCUCUCUGGCUGCAGUUUGUUUUUCUCGGGUCAAUGAUUAAUCCCUUGUCGCUGCCAUUUUCCUUCUCAGUAGCAGAGACUGAGACUCUCGGAGUCAGAACGAGCCACACACACACACAGAGAGAGGUGUAAACAUCUUCAGGUGGCCAGUAAAGUCUUCGAUCUUGGCUACAGCGGAGUGCAUCUCAGGGGGAUCAACCUCUUUCCCCCCUUCAGUGGGAUAAAAGGACAGCAGUGGAUGCUUUCAGACCCCCCUCUACGCCCCCUCCAGAGUGAUACUGGCUCAGAGUGGACAAGGUCUUGUCAACAACUGUGAAGUAUUUGCCUAGGACGUACCAUCACGAUGUAUGAGAGCCGACCCCUGGGGAGCCCCCCUGCCUAUAGCCCGAGUAAUUUCACCCAACCUUUCCCACACAGAGCCUCCAUGGGGAGUUAUGAAUAUGAUAUGCAAUCCCCUCCACCAGGCUCAUAUUACAUUGAGGAGAAGCCACAACACUUCUACAAAUGGAGCUCCCCACCAGGAAUCAUCCGCAUUUUAGAGGGCAUUGUCAUAAUCCUGUGUCUUGCCAUCUUUGCCUGUGUGGCAUCAACGUUGCAAUGGCAGUAUGGCUAUGGUUAUGGCAUGGGUGGAAUGAUGGGUGGCAUGGGAGGUGGGUACUACCCAGGGAUGGGAGGAGGAUAUUACCCUGGCAUGGGGGGUAGUGGCUAUUACCCGGGAAUGGGAGGGUAUGGCUAUGGCGGCCACACUGACCCCAGGGCUGCCACUGGCUUCAUGAUUGCGAUGGCAGCCAUUUCAUUUAUCGCUGUCUUGGCCUUCUUCAUUGCCAGUGUCAGCAAGUCCCAAAACUCCAGAACCCGCAAGUUUUACUUGUUGUUACUCAUAUUCAGCGCUAUCCUUGGAGGCUUGGAGCUGAUUGCCAGCAUUGUAUACAUCAUGGGAGUCAAUCCAACAGCCGGAAGUGGAGGAUCGUUGUACUAUACCCAGAUGAGAAUGUUAUGCGCCCAGUUUUAUUCAACUGGAGCUGGUAUGAUGUUGACUAACGAGUAUCUAUACCACUAUUGUAUUGUGGAUCCUCAGGAGGCUGUGGCAAUUGUCUGCGGAUUCCUGGCAGCGCUGACGUUUUGUAUCAUUGCUUUCUUCGCUCAAAGAGUGCGGCAGAAAAUCUGGAAAUACGGGAAGCCGAAUAUCCUGUGGGAAAAGAACUUCGCUGAUGAAGAGGUGGGACCCAACGUGGAGGAAUGGGUGAAGACUGUUCCCGAAGGAGGCCAUGAUGAAAUGGAUACAGUUCAAUACUUUGAUAAACCAGCCAAUGGCGUCAAUGUAAUAAAUACCAAUGAGUACAAUUCACAGCCAAUUACAUACAGUGUGGAGAAUCACAAUCAGUACCUUUCCUCCUCUUACCCCUCGAGGAACUUCAACUCAACUCCGUCUGAAAAUAUAGUGAAGAAGCCUCCAGCCGGUCGAAGGAAGAAAUGGAGGAGACGUGGCAGAUCAGAGAUGGAGGAAUCUCAAUAUGAGACUGAUUACACAACUGGAGCAGAAUCUGGUGAUGACAUGGAUGAUGAGGAAUGGGACAGUUUGUACCCUCCCAUAACCUCAGACCCCAUUCGGCAGGAGUACAAGAGGCAGUUCGACACUGACCAUCGGGAAUAUAAACAGCUUUGCGCUGAAAUGGAUGAAGUUAACAAUCAGAUCAAUUUUCUGAGCAAGCGUUUGGAUGUCUUGACUGAGGAUGACCCCAGCUAUGAGGGAGUUGCUGAGGAAUACAACAGAUUAAAGGACUACAAGAAGACAUCCGAGUAUCAGACUAAACGACUACAGAGCAGGCACCUGAAGAGGAAACUGUCGCAUAUUAAGCGGAUGGUCAAUGAGUAUGACCGUCAGCGAGAGUAAGAUUCAAAGAGGACAUAUCAUCCUUCAGCCCCUUCUGUCUUUUCUAUUUCUCCAACCUCCCCAGACCCAUCCACCGCCUACAAUAUGAAAACUCGAAAUAUCCUGCACGGCUUGGUGUAAAUUCCCAACUCACACUAGAAACUGUGGGGGAAAAUGAUCAGGACUGGAAUGUGACAGCAUUCAUAGUGAGACAGAACCAACACCAAACCUGGAGCAGGGAAAGACUCCGUUUCUAAAUCCUGUUCCUAGAUGGCUUUGUUCUGAGCCGCUGAGAAUCUAUAAUCAAUAGCCAAUACGUGGUCAAUCAAAGAAGUGACAGUUGACACAAAGCUGAAAGGAAACAUGAGAAGGGCCUCCUAGAACUUUAACCAGAGUGUUCAGUCCACUGGAAGAAACAGCAUAUGGGCCAUUCAUUCCUUGUCAUGCAACAGGCAUCAAAAGAUCAAAUUAUGUUACAUCUGUCUCCAUCAGUACAACAACAAUAUGCAUUUAUAUAGUGCCUUUAACAUAGUAAACUGCCUUAGGUGGCUUCAUAAUGGUGUGAUCAGACCACGGAAGGAGAUUUUAAGACUGGGGAACCAAAAGCUCAGUCAAAGGAGAGCCUUUAAAGGUGGAGAGAGAGAAGCAGAGAUUUAAGGAUAGCAUUUCAGAGCUUAGUGCCUGAGCAGCGAAGGCUUGGUCACGGAUGGUGAAGUGAUGGGAUUCAGGGAUUGUCAGGGAACCAGAAUUAAAGGAGUGAGAAGCGUCGGUGAGGUCAGGGAGGAAUUCAGAAAUUGAUGAGACUUUUAAAUUCAAAUCAUUAUUGGAAAGGAGUCAGCGAGGUUGGGCAGCAUGUGUGCUCACUGAACAGGACAUGUAAGUCAGGUUAAAGGCAAUAGCUCAGGUUUGUACAGUGUGCAAGAUCAGAGACUGAGUGAUUAGAGGAGAUUUGGAAUAGUUAUAUCUAAAGGUAACAGGAGACGGGAACAACUGUAUCAACAGCAGAUGAGCUGAGGCAGGUUGAAUGUAAGUGAUGGGUUGGAUGCUUUGACAGUGGAGGUUACUGGGGGGUACAGGGGUGACGGGGGAAUGUGGAUGAUCAUUCAGAUCUGGAAAUUCUGACCAUCCUAACUUAACCUCAGACACAGCGCAGGGAAAGGGAUGGAAUCACAGGAGAGGGAACGAAGUUUAUGACAGGGACCAAAAACAAUGGCUUUGGUUUUCCCAAUUGAAUAGAUGAGUGGUUUAUUACCAGUGGUCACGCCAAAGAGAGUUGAUACAAACUAUUCAGUUCCUGUAGAAGCUGAAUGCUGGCUAAUUGUCACCCAGGUGAAUCAUCAUAGGUUGUAGAGAGAAUGCCUCCUGACCUGCACCAGAGUAUCAUCAUUUUCCAUGUUGGAAGCAGUUCCCUGAAUCUUUACAAUCAGAAUAAUUCCAUUGAUCUCUUACCUGAGCUUUGCUGUACUGCCAAUGAAAUGGGGCAAUUACUUUUAAUAGUUCUUAUUGGUUCUCUAACUAUUUUUGCCCUUUUAUUAUUUACAUUGCAAUCUGUAACGAAUGCUAGAAUUUUAGAAAUAAUUGUAAAUUUAAUUCAAUAACUGAAUCGCAUUGAGCUAGAAUAAGCUCACCUUGGAGCCGAGGCAAAUCAGUCCUCUUUCUGUGUUUAUAUAUAUACUCACUGAGCAAUUCUGUAUAAAUCCUGUGGGGUCUGAAUGGUUGAAAAGGGCAGUUCUUAGAUUGUCUUAUUGGUAAUAAAUCCCAAAUCAGAAAACUCAGAUCAUUCCAAUGAUAUACAUGAGAAUUAAUGGGAAAAGAAGUUUAAAUGAUACAUAUAACACAGUGUGGAACUGGAGGAACACAGCAGGCCAGGCAGCAUCAGAGGAGCAGGAAAAUUGAAGUUUUGGGUCCUGAAGGUUCUAAAGAAGGGUC